CUUGUCAGAGUGCUAUGUUAUUUGAUACAUGGUCGGAAAAAUUUUCUCUUUGAUAGAAAAGAAAAAAAUUACAAGAAUAAACGGUAGAAACAAAUUCAAAAUAAGCUAACAAGAAAACGUUUAUGUAUGCAAAGAGGUAAUUUCCUCGCUCGUGAAUGUUUGAACUGCUAUUUAUCACAAAGUAAUAGAGAAAUAUGGAUUGCUUUUCAGUUUGGCACGUCAUUCGAAAAGCGAAUCUUCACGUAAUUACUUUUCCAAUACUGUUAUUCCAGAUAUGCUUGGGCAGUAAUGUAGCUCUCAGAGAAUAUUAUGGGACUCGUGUUCCACCCCCUCAAACUGCCAUUCCAGAAGAUGACAAACUAAUUCAGAUGUCAAACAUCCGAUCAGAAAUUGAAUGCUUUUCUCACUGUAUGACGUAUUCCAAAUGUGGUAUGAUUAUUUACAGCGUUUCCGACGAACUAUGUAUCCUACGUAAAAUCAAGCUAUUACCUAAUGCCUCGUCAUUCAUCGACAUUCCUGCAAACAGUAUUUACACCAUGCUACAAGCCCCUGAAUGUCCGACGUCAGACGGCUACACUUACCGACCAGAACUGAGAUUGUGUUAUCAAAUAGGUUCAACGAAAAGUUCGUGGAAUGAAGCUGCAGACAAUUGCAAUAAGGAUCGAGGACAACUUAUUCACAUUAUAAAUUUAGAAGUAAUGAACUAUCUAAAAACAAUAUUAUCGUCAAGUACGUUGCGAGAUGAAUGGUUCCAUUUUGGAUUAUGUAAAGACGAUAGUAAGAACGCCUAUGUAUGGCAGAAUGGAGAAGCUCUUACAUUUUCUUCCUGGCAGCCUGGUGGUCCUGACAACUAUCAAAACUCACAGAAGUGUGCAGAUUUAGAUCCAAACAAUAAUUAUGGAUGGAAUGAUAUUUUUUGCGAUCAACAGAACUCUGGGAUACAAAUUUGUGAAAUAGUUGUUCAAUAAAAUGCAUGGUUAAAAGGACAGUAAUCACACACACUCGCGAGAUGGGACGCAUAGACAUAUAAAGAAUUUGCACUGAUCUAACUCCACUUUUAAGGAUUUAUACUUCUUAAAACUUAAUUUAUAUUUCAAAGCAAGUAAACAAGCCAUAAAGAAUACAAAACGAAAAUAUCAUUUACAUCAACAAGAAUUUUCUCUCCUAAAACUUAUCUUUCAUAAAUUUUUCAGAUACGUAUACACUCACGCAUGCACUCACGCAGGCACGCAGGCACGCACACACAUUUAUAUAAGAUUUACUUGGGAGUGGUAUCUUUAAGAGAAACGCGUCAAUGUAAAUUUUCUUGAUCUUUUUGGAAAGUCCCUUUCAGCGCUCAAUCAGAUGAGUUCAAAUAUACGAAAUGUAUAUUCAGUAUAGAGCAAAAGUCCAAGGUCAGGUAGGGUGUAAAGUAAGGGUAUUUCCAGAGAAGCACUCGACCUAAUAUCUAAAACCGCAAACAUUAAGUAAAUUUUCACAUAAAGUAAAUUUUUAUGUAAACUGGCGUUGCAAAUAAAGUUGGUACAGAAACAACUGUAAUGAAUCAUUAAAGAUGUGUUAAAGAAUUUUUCAUAUCUUCUUAUCAUUUCGUACACACACACACACACACACACACACCACACACACACACACACACACACACACACUCACACGCAUACAUGUAUAGAAUACAUACAUUAUUAAAGUCGUAAAAACUUCACAAACUGUUAUUCAGUUUUACGUAAUCGUUCGUACGACUGUUGUGAUAGAGCAGAAUAAUGAAAUUUUGCAAAUUGUGAGUAUAUAUAGUAGCAUGUAGAUACAGGUUCAACGAAUAAACAUUUGAAUCCGAUUAGGUUACUAAUUUGAAAAAUAAUGGUCCAUAAAUAUCUGCAAGUGAGGUUAUAUAGUAGUAGACAAAUAAGUAUAAACAAUACUUGAAUAAAAAACGUUGUGCAAAAAAGGGGUGAAAAUACUUUUAAAAAUAUAGAAAAGUUAAGAAAUAAAUAUUGCAAAUGGUUAAAAAAAAGCAUUACACUGGGGAACAUGAUUUCUGUUGUCUGGUGUUGGAGACAUGUUACCUAGAAAUUUUGAGGUGCUGAUUUCAAACAUGAAAUCCAUUUUGCUCUAUCGUAUCAAAAUUUAUCACAAACUCAGAUAUCCAUUUUUCAACAUCUCUGGUAUUGUCACAAUUCCUAAGGAUAGAUUUUGGUAUCAUCAAAUGCAUUCCCAAGUAUGGAGCUUGACAUGACUUUGAAAACAGUUUUUCAAUAUCAUUUAAAGUACAUUCACCUACAAAAUUGAAAACAAAAGUCAUGAUUUAGGGAUCUUCAGUAAAUAAAAGGCAUCAAACUUGAGUAGCUUUCUCUAUUUUCAAUCCAACCAGUAUUAAAUGCCAUUAUAUGGACAGAAAUAUCUUAUAUACAAUUAGAUGUUAAUAAACAACACAUUUCUGUGGUCCUUGACGUCAUACUUGUCUCAUAUUUGUGGAAUUCGUCUGCAGAUAUUCCCACACUGUGCUUAAUUUAGUGUGAAUAUCAUUGCAAACGAGCUAAGACAUGUUUUGUUGAACCUUUAACUAUUUCUUACAAAAAUUUGUAGUUUGAAUGUGCCCUUAAUGUUUUAAUUGUCAGGUCACAUGGGUCAAGAUCACUUUUUGUCAAGCAUGGUCAAAGAGCUAUAGAAAGAACUUCAUGGUAUGGAACUUCACAAUCAAUAAUCUGCAUUUGCUCACUUAAUAACUGUUGGCAAUUCUGAAAAUACUUUUCCCAGGUGACAACUGACUUGAAAAACGUUUUGUCUUUCAGAAAUAUGGCCAGUUGUGGGAGAAGAAAAUGCAAAAACAGUCCCGAUGUCUUCUGCUAUAUUUGUGGCAGCGAAACAAAAUCAGAUUUUGUGAUGAAAGCUUACCUUACUUAAUUUGGCAUAAAAUUGAGCGAUCAAGAUAAAGCCUGGGCAAUCCAUAUUGUUUCUAAAAUUUGUUGAAACAUUAAGACAGUGUCUGUUUCAAAUACUUAGGCAGAAAGUUUCCCGUUUUGCCUUGUGGGACAAUUAAGGUUGGUGUAUUUGAUGGUCCACAAAAAAACUGUCCAUGGGCAGUUCUUGGAGACCAUGUCUGAUGUUGAAAGAAAAAAAAAACCAUGGUAUUUUUUUUCCUGCAUUUGUGUCUGAUUUGCUGGAAACUGGAAGUCAUCAAAUUAUGAAGAACUUGUGCAGACCCUGUUAACCAAUUUUUGAGCACUGGUUUGUAAGAUGAGUGUAAAAGUGCAUUUCCUGCACAGACAACUGGACUACUUCCCUGAAAAUCAUAGUGUAAUAUGUGAUGAGCAAGAGGAAUGAUUCCACCUAGACUUCAACAUCAUGGAGAUUAGGUAUCAAAGAAGGUGAAAUACAAAUAUGAUAGCUGACUAAAGCUGGUCUCUGCAAAGAGACUGUCAUGAUGCAAUUUCUUUACGCUGUGUGGUAAGUAGCUUGCUUACCAACCAAAUGAUUCCGGGUUCAGUCCCACUGCGUGGCACCUUGGGCAGGUGUCUUCUACUAUAGCCUUGUGAGUGGAUUUGGUAGACGGAAAGUAAAAGACGUCCAUCGUAUAUGUUGUUU